GCUUCAGAUAUUGGAAUUGGUGAGGCUAUUUUGACCGCUUUGAAAGGAGUGAUCAAACAUGCUGCCAAAAGUAUUGUUUCUUUACUAUAACCCUUCAUUUACGCACGCUGAACAUACUGCAAAAGCUUGGUGUUGCUACAGAGAUCUUCAAUCUUUGGUUCCAUAUGCUACAACAAACUAAAAAAAGUGGAGCUCGGGCUAAUUCUAAAAGGGAGCAUGAGAAGAAGGUUUGCUGCUUGGGCUUGACAUCAUUGCUGAGUCUUCCUGCUGAUCAAAUGCCUGCAGCUGCCUUUGAGGGAAUUUUUUUAAGGCCAUUCUUGACCUCCUUGUAUGCAAGCAAGGAGCAACUUGCUGAAGCUGCAAAGGGAGAGGAAGCUGAGGAUGAGGUUGAGAUGGAUGGAUUUCGAAGUGAUGACGAUGACGAUGAGUCUGAUAGAGAAAUGGCAGAUGAUGACGAGGAUGGAGAUGAAGCUGACAGCCUAAAGCUCCAAAAGUUGGCAGCAAAGGCGAGUGCUUUCCGCUCCAAUGAUGACGAGGAUGACUCAUCUGAUGAUGAUUUUUGUGAUGAUGAAGAGUUGCAAUCAGCCAUUGAUGAGGCGGAUCCUUUUGUUUUCUUUGUUGAUUCUGUCAAAGGUAUGCCUGCCUAUUUCAUCCUUUUGGGUUAAUUAGUUUUUGCUAUACUGUGUGAUAAAAUGUUUUGACCUUGUCCUUUGCUGAAAAACUAAAACCGCAGCAGGUUUCCUUUUAUUUGGUUCAAGUACUAUUAAUAGGUAUAUGAUUUCAAGUGUGCUCUUUAGUUUAAAAAGGAUUUUCAAGUGUUCUUUUUAGUUUAAAAAUGAUUUUUCAAGUGUACUCUUUAGUUUAAAAAUCAUUUUCAAAUGUGCUCUAGUUUAAAAAUAAUUUUCAAUUGUGCUCUUUAGUUUAAAAAUAAUUUUCAAGUGUGCUCUUUAGUUUAAAAAUGAUUGUAUAUCCGUGAUGCUGGUUUUUGUGAGGACAAUAUUGGUGCUGGUUGGAUCGACAGACAAGGGAUGGCAUUGGCUUUACAUUCUGUGGCUGAUGUGCUUGGAACCAAAGAUCUUCCUGUUGUUAUGACUAUCCUAAUAUCACGAACGCUGGGUCUUAUAAUUGGAUCUGCUGAAUUAAGAGAGAAAGCAGCUUUGGGCCGUGGAGGGUUAAGUGAAGUGACAAGUGAGCAAGCAUUAAAGGAGUUUUUCAUUCCAAUCACAGGGCCGUUGAUCCGUAUAAUAGGGGACAGACGGACAGGUUCCCAUGGCAAGUUAAAAGUGCAAUUCUCUGAGCAUCAUAAUACAGAAGGGUGGGUUGGCCCUAAAGCCUUUUCUUCCCCAGCUUCAAACAACAUUUGAUAAGUGUUUCCAGGAUAAUACAAGGACUGUUCGAUCAAGUGCUGCUCUUGCCCUUGGUAAACUAAGUGCACUCACAACUAGGAUUGAUCCUUUGGUUUUGGUGAUCUUUUAUCUGCUUUACAGCAGUAUUCAUAUGUUGGAAUUCAUGAUGCUAUUUUGACUGCUUUGAAAGGAGUGAUUAAACAUGCUGGCAAAAGUGUGAGCAGUGCUUCUAGAACACGUCUAGUAACGUAGUUUCUUUCAUUAAAAAUAAAAAUACUAGGUGGUUCGUGGUUGUAUUUUUUUAAAGAAGAAAUACUU